AUGGCCACUGUGAGAGAACGGUUGAACUCUGCCACUCGCGAUCUCCUCUGUUCACAAUCUCCUCCGGCGACGAUCCUCUCCGACGAUGAUCUCCUCCGGCGACGUCGUCUCCUCCAGCAACAGUCUCCUCAAGCGACGUCUCCUCCUGCAACAUCUCUUCCAGCGCUAAACUUUGAGGUUGAUGAGAUGGUAAUAGAGAAAAGGCAAGAACAAGUUGGAGGUGAAACAAUGGUGGGGACUCCCAUUAAUGGAAGAUCAAGGCAAGUUUUUUCACUUGUGAAUGGUGUUGGUGGUGGCCAUGAUCUUACUCCUGGUAGUGCUCCACCAAGCAAUGCUGGAUUAGACUAUGGCAUAAUAGAGUUCACAAGAGAGGAUGUGGAAGCACUCUUAAAUGAGAAAGCCAAAAGAAAAGACAGAUUCAAUUAUAAGAUCAAACGGGUUAUCAAAGUUGGAGAAGCAACUGGUAGGUAA